UCCGGCCACGGCUCACUUCCGAGACAGACGCGGAAGUGCGGGGAGGUCCCGGGCCGAGGUCGGUUGCCGGACUUCUGGCGCCGCUGUCCGCCUUGCGAACGUUCUGGAAGGAUAGAUUCCUAAGAGGCCGGAUCCCGGCGGCCCAUACAAGACGAAACCGGCGCUUCUCCGCAUUGGAGCCGAUGCCGGCCGCGCCCCAAAGGCCCCGUAGCGGGGCCGGACCAUGAGCCUGCUGGGCGGCCCGGCCUCCUCGCCUCGGACCCCGCUGCAGUCCGGCAAGGCCAGGAUGAAAAAGCUCCCGAAGAAGAGCCAGAACGAGAAGUACCGUCUUAAGUACCUGCGGCUGCGCAAAGCGGCCAAAGCUACCGUGUUUGAAAAUGCUGCUAUUUGUGAUGAAAUUGCUCGUCUGGAGGAAAAAUUUCUUAAAGCGAAAGAAGAAAGACGGUAUUUGCUAAAGAAGCUCCUCCAGCUUCAGGCUCUAACUGAAGGGGAGGUACAGGCCGCAGCUCCUUCCCACGGCUCCAGUUUGCCCCUGACUUACAGUCUGGCCAGCUCUGUGGGAACUGUACAGGGAGCCGGGUCCAUUACUGGGCCCAGCACUGGGGCUGAGGAGCCAUUUGGGAAGAAAUCCAAGAAGGAGAAAAAAGAAAAAGGCAAAGAGAACAACAAACUGGAAGUUCUGAAGAAAACAUCCAAGAGAAAGAAAAUGGAGGGAGGUGCUCGCAAGCUGGUUCAGCCCAUUGCCCUGGAUCCCUCAGGACGGCCUGUGUUCCCCAUCGGACUGGGGGGUCUAACAGUAUAUAGCCUGGGGGAGAUCAUCACCGACCGACCUGGCUUCCAUGACGAGAGUGCCAUCUACCCCGUGGGCUACUGCAGUACACGGACAUAUGCCAGCAUCAAGUGCCCAGAUCAGAAGUGUCUGUACACCUGCCAGAUCAAGGAUGGCGGCAUGCAGCCUCAGUUUGAAAUUGUUCCUGAAGAUGACCCGCAGAACGCCAUCGUCACCUCUUCUGCAGAUGCCUGUCAUGCAGGACUGCUCAAGGCCAUAAGUGCUGCUCUGGGGAAACUAAUGCCCAGCCUGCUUCCUUCUGGAGCUGACUUUUUUGGGUUUUCUCAUCCGACUAUUCACAACCUGAUCCAGAGCUGUCCAGGAGCUCGAAAAUGUGUCAAUUACCAGUGGGUGAAAUUUGAGGUGUGGAAACCCGGAGACGGGCAGCUGCCGCAAGGACUACCGGACAGUAAUGCAGCUAUAAGCUUCGAAGCCUUUCAGAGACAGGCCUUUGGUGAAGAUUACAGUGAUCCCAUCCUGCCAGGAUCCUUGGACCUUCCAGAGCUUCAGCCCACACCCUUCGUGUCUUCUUACCAACCCGUGUUCCUGACGCACGAACCCCUGGUGGACACUCUCCUGCAGCGCCUGAAGCCUCUGUCACAGUGUAGCCCAACUCCGUCCUCAGACUGAGCGGGAGGGGACCACAUACCAUGUCAUUUAACUAAAGUAAAAUUCCAAAUAUGGAAGAAGACCGCAUUUCAGGAGUGAAGGAGAUAGCACAUUUUGUCAUGGAGGCUCCCGUGGUGACAGUGUUCCCUGGGAAAAACUUCAGCUGCUUUAUUUUUAGCAAUAAAUUUCUCUUUACAAAUCUG